AUGGCGGCCAUUUUGAAGCUUACAGAAGAGGCUCUGGAGCUUGUAUGCUCGUUGUUAGAUGACCAGCGAGCGCGUGCGGCGCUGCGCCUCGUCUGUGCGCGCCUGCGUCGCGCAGUGAACGCCACCGUCAUCAGCGUCGCAGUGCAGCUGUCCGACGGCGUUUCCGUCACCUGCCAUGGCAUGAACGCCAUGCAAUCGAGGACGCUGUCAGAGCAGUUCCCUGCAGCUCGCUGUGUGCGGCUCGUUGGCAUGGAUGCGGCGCAGUCGCCCACGGCGAUCGCACAGCUCGAGCAGCUGCCCGCUGGCUGCUGGCGCGGCGUUGCUGAGCUGGACACCGACUUCACCGCCCACCUGUGCCCCCCCGCACUGACCGCCGCCGCCCUCGCCGCCGCUGCGCGCCUGUGCCCUGCGCUCGAGGCGGCGGCCACGCCGCUCGCGCCGGCGCCGCUGCGGGCGCUCGCCGCGGCGGCGGGCAGCUUGCGGCGGCUCGCCGCCCUGGUUGCGGCAGAGCAGCAGGGCAGCUGUUGCGCGGCCCCGCACGAUGCCCCGCAUGCCAUGACGGAUGGCGUGUGCAACGCACUGGCCGCCCUCACCGGCCUCGUCAGCCUGGAGCUGCGCCAGCACGCCAGCCCCCCUCUCUCCCCGCACCACAUGCCUCACCACCCCGCCUCCCGCGCGAACGCCGCCCUCCUCGGGCUCGCGGCCGCGCUGCCGCGCCUGCGCGCGCUCUCGCGCCUCGACCUGCCGCUUGCCGUCAGCGCGCUGCCGGCGCUCGGCGGCUGCACUGCGCUCGAGGACCUGGCAGUGUCCCUCGACUUUGACAGCCUGGCGGUGGCCGGCGCCCUGCCGAGCCUGGGGGUGGUGGGCAGCGUCACGCGCGUGCGGGUCGCCGACAGCCGGAGCAGCAUUAGCAGCAGAAAUGACGACAACGCAUCGUCUGCAACGUCCAGCCCAAAUGUUCGGAUCAAUUACGACGUCGGUGGGCACUCCCCUAUCGCGACGCCCCCCACCCCCGGCGCUGUCCUCGAAGACGACCUGGAGGCCAUCGCCGCCGCCUUCCCAAACCUCGGAUCCCUCGACCUCGCCUGCGACGCCGUCCUGCUGGGCCCCUGCGCCGCGGCGAUGACGAGGCUCCGCCGCCUGCGCGCGCGCGCGUCCAAGGGGCUGCUGGCUGGUGACGCGCUUGCGCGGCUGGCGCCGGCGCUGGAAGUGCUGCAGCUGGACGGCACCUACGACCUGCAGCGCCGCGGUGGCGACGGCGGCGGUGGCAGCCGCUGGGAGGGCCACGGCGCGCUGCGGGAGCUCGUCCUGCGCGCGGCGGCGUUCCACCUCUGCAGCUGCCCGCCGCGGGGGUUUGACGCGCUGUCAGAGUGCCUGGCCGUCUGCCUGCCACGCUUUGCCGUCCUGGAGAGCCUGCAGGUCGGCAUUGAAUCGUUCUACGGCCUGCAGCAGCCUGGCGACGGGGCCGCCUGCUGUGGGUGCAGCAGGGGCGUGAGCCCGCGUCACGGCGGCGGCGGGCCGGAGCCCGACGGCCGCUGGUGCUGCGACGUCGGCCCGACGGACGGAGAGGAGGAGGUGAAUUGGGUGACAGCCGAGCUGAUUCAGGAGGUGGGGGCGGUCUUCGCCGGGCCGCUGAGGCCGGCCAGCCUGGCCAGAGUCAACCUGCGCCUGCCCCGCAGCCGCUGCUGCCGCGGCUCUGGCGAGGGUGCUGGCGCCGCUUUUGAGCAGGCCCAGGUUGUGAUGGCCCGUGUGGGUGUGUCUGUUGAGCUGUUUUGA